CACCACUUUAGCAAGCACACAAACCGUCUUUUGUUUGGCAGUAUAAAAUAUGCAGAAUAUCCCUAUCAUCCUCAUAUUAUCGCUGAGAAAUCUGUAUUAAAAUUUAAUUGUCUGGGACGUAGGAAUAAUUUUUAUUGCUCUCUUCAACCUUUUCAGGGGCUCACAAUUUUGGUGGUGAGAAAGGUCAGUUUUGGAAUCCACCACUCGCCAUGAAUGGUGAGAAAGUGGCAAGUGUCAGUGGCUGUCAAGGGUUUUUCUGAUCGUCCGGGAAAGAGUGCGGAAAUCCCCAAAUCCCCGUGCAACUGGGCAUCUCUGCCGCGUAGAAUUGCCCCCAUCGUGACCCCGUGAUCCCCGUGGCGCGUGUGAGUGUGCCGCACUGCCGCGUGGCGCAGUGUUUCCACGUGAUUUGGUGCGAAGAGUGUCGCGCGGACAUGCCAGCCGUGGCUUAUCUCGUGUGUGGCGAGCAAGUGAGCCCCGCGAAGGCGCGUCAGUAGGGCUGUGAGGACUCCGGGGCCGUCCAGGUGCUGUGCAUCGGUGUCCAGCUGGACAGAGGAUUCCGCUGAGCGCCGCCAUCAUGAGCAGUUUCGGGCCGUCAAUCGACUUUUUCGGGGGUGCAAAUCGAUUUCUCUAACACAUUUCUCUGACUACCGUCCUGUGUUCGCUGACCCCGUGUGCGAUAGUCAUCCGGGCUGUUGUGUUUCGUUUCCCCGGUCGCCCCUUUUUCGUUCGCCCCCACAAAGCUCACGCUUCCUGUGGCUGUUCUGUUGACUCCCGGAGGAACUCAGUGGUUGCACGCGACGUCACGCGCGAUCGGUAGUCAGUUGCGCGAGUGUGAUAGGUAGAUUGCCUGUGCGGGAGAGAGAGAGAAGCACAGCCGGCAGCCAUGGUGAAGGAGAAGCCAAACUCUGUGCGAAUCUACGACAAGGAGGGCUUCAGACUCCGAGCGGCCUGCAUUUGUGUCCGUUCAGAGGCGGAAACUGAGGUGCUCUUGGUGACUUCCUCGAGGCGCCCGGAGUUGUGGAUAGUGCCCGGCGGUGGCGUGGAGCCGGACGAGGAGAGCUCCGUGACGGCAGAGCGAGAGGUUCUGGAAGAGGCCGGCGUCGUUGGCAAGCUUGGCCGCUGUCUUGGCGUCUUCGAGAAUCGCGAGCAUAUGCAUCGGACGGAGGUGUUUGUUCUCACGGUGGAGAAGGAGCUGGACGAGUGGGAGGACUCGCGGUCCAUUGGCAGGAAAAGACAGUGGUUCUCCGUGGACGAGGCGCUGACGCAGCUGGCGCUCCACAAGCCCAUCCAGAGACACUAUCUGCAGAAGUUGAAGCACUCAAAAGCCCCUCCGGACGAAGCCGAAGCCGACACCACGACCACAGCCGCCUCAGCCGACGAGACAUGAAGACAUUCACCGCCUGUGACACGAUCCUCCACCUCAGAGUCCACUUCUCAGACACAGCCACUGAUGAUGAUGAAAAGAAGAAGGAAAUAGUUUAGCAAGGGCGUAAAAUAAAUAGCGAGAGACAGAGAAAAUCAAGAGAUAAACGGUAGUAAUUUAAAGAAUAGGACUAAAAUCUACAUUUUAUCUGCCCUUUUCUUUUCUUCUGUUAAAGAAUCACACUUCCUGAUUUCUUUUUUUUCUCCUUUUUCUGUCCGUCAGGAUAAAAGGAGUAACAUUGACGAUUUUUCUGUUUCACACACUUUCUAGGCUUAAAAACGAAAUAAUUUCACACUUCUUUUAAUUCUUUAAUCUCUACCAUGAAUACUUGUAUACAUAUUAUAUUAAAAAAAAAAGAAAA